AUGUCAACCACUGUACAGCAGUGGCCGCCUGUUGAGGUCCCAUCCACCAGUGACCUGGCAGACAAUUUUAUUGGGUUGCUCGAGUGGGUGCUGGAUGAGUGUGACAUGGCCGCCGAAAAUCACAUGGAAGAAUAUAUCUAUGGAUGUGAUGGUCAAGCCGCUGUGAAUGACUCGUCAGCUCUGGAAGAAGUCGACGGCUGUGUGGAGGUAAACACCAAAGAACUCGCCGAGUACACGUUUUCUCCGGAGAAGUUCACGAGCCCUGAGCACAACCUUGGCGAAGACGAAGGCAAAGAUGACGUCCAGAACGAUGCGAUGAUGCCAAUCGAACAAGAUCAUAGUAGUUCAUUGCAAGAUGGAAAUCAAGAAGCAGAGUCCAUCCUCAAGACUGUGACACUGACAGACACUGCAGGAGAGAAUAGUUUGGAGCUGGUUGAAAAGAAAAAAAUUCCUUCCGGAGUCAGUCAAGACAAGGGUCAAGCGGCCCCCGAAGAUAAAGGGUCAACUUCGUCUAGGAGCAUCAGUACCAGCGGGCAAGGUUCCUCUCCAUCUCUGAACAAAGCAUCUCCAAACCGGCCCAACGAGUUCGAGAUUGUGCGCAGUAUCGAGGUCCCAACAAAAGUCAAGGAGUUGAUUGCUUCUGGUGAGCCCAGUCCGCUGUCUGUUGCGGCCUGGGUCAUGGAUACAACAGAGGCACCGGUGCCGAACCUCGUUGUCUCCAAAGCAGCCAAUGCUUCGACCCACUGUCGUGCCAUCAACCCCGAAACGGGCGCAUUUCUUCCGGUCAUUGAGCAACCGGAGACAAGAUACAAUGACGAGUUGGAUCUUCAAUCGGAGCCCGGGUGGCGACGAAGCAAUAUCACUUCAGACAUGCAAAUCAGUAGAGAGUUGAAGGCCAGAGCAAAACUCGCCCGACGCCUAAAAGAACGUCUUCCUACCCAGGCGCAGGCGAAAGAUACUGUCCCGGAGGAAGCGGAGAGCCCCUUUCCGAAGGCAGACUGCACCCUUAGGCCCGCCACUGAUGAUGACAUCGCCGCGAUAUCAGAUAUUAUCAACCAGGAACGACAAACCAAACGAGGGAAUACCCAGAAAAAGUCAUCUGACAUCAAGAAUUGGGACGUGUCAGAGUACCUCAAGAAAUGCAGGCAAGAACAACGGCCAUUCAUUGUUGCAAUCGCUGGCGAAGAUGACCUUCUGGAUCGAUCAAAAUGGCCUGCCGGCGCCGACAAGGCAUACAAAAAGUACGUUCAGUACCAGAGUACGUUCAAGAAAGUGCAACCUUCAAUUGUCGGAUUCGCUUUUGCUAUGCCGCGACAGAGUCUCGACGUGCAGGAAACUGACAUCGAUCAUUCUUGCUACAUUACCCUGUGUGUCCACCCGAGCCACAGGAAUGAAAAGUACGGAUCGGCGCUGUUAGACAGGAUUCUGAUGUCUGUGUCUCCUGUUCACCGUUCUCUCAUCGACUUCGGAUGGCAGUGUGAUGAUGCAGUCGAGACAUAUGAGCAGCUCGCUUCGCACAAUGCGAAGCAGUACGCCCGCGUAUUUGUCGAGUAUUCCGAGCCCAGGGACGCAGAGUAUAAGCUGAUGGCUAGGGAAAAGUUGUUGAGGAAGUUCGGAUUUCGUCAGGUUGGCCACUUGACUUGUAUGAGAAGUGAGUCUCGGGCGGGCAGAAGAUACUGGAAGGACUUGCUCAUCUGGGAACUCGAGGCCCAGUCGCUCGAAAAUGUUCGUCUCCCAGAGAGAAGCGCUGAUUCGAAUACAUUCGAGGAUGAAAUAGGCAACACACAAGCGGCGUUCGAUAUGCUGUCGAUUCUUCGAAAGGCGCGGCUCAAGGACAAGGAGAUGCGAAUCCUGAUGCUUGGCCUCGACAAUGCGGGAAAGACAACAAUCGUAAAGAAAAUUCUCAAUGAAGAUGUGCACACAGUCAGCCCAACGCUGGGAUUCAUAAUCAAGACAAUAGACUACGACGGCUACAAGCUCAAUAUCUGGGACGUCGGGGGGCAAAAGACGCUGCGGUCGUACUGGCGAAACUACUUUGAAAAGACGGACGCGCUGAUCUGGGUCGUCGACUCUACGGACCGGCUGCGCAUCGAAGACUGCAGAGAGGAGCUUCACGGGCUCCUGCAGGAAGAGCGGCUGGCGGGAGCUUGUCUGCUCAUCUUUGCCAACAAGACUGACGUGGACGGGUGCAUGACGGAGGCGGAGAUUCUACAGGCCCUGCGGUUAGACGAGAUUCGAACGCACCAGUGGCAUAUUCUCCAGUGCAGUGCCAUGACGGGCAAAAACCUGAAGGAAGGGCUGGCGUGGGUGGUGGAGGAUGCGAAGAAGAGGCUAUUUCUGUACUAG